AUGGCGAAGGUGCACCCCAGCGCCGCCGGCGUGGAGGCGGCACCGCCGGUCGCCGGCGGGGGAGAGGCGGUGGCGCUUACGGUGUGGAGGAAGUCGCUGCUCUUCAACUUCGACGGCUUCACAGCCUUCGACGGGAAGGGGGACCUUGUGUUCCGCGUGGACGACUACGGUGGCGCCGCCGGGGGGAUCGUCCUCAUGAACGGUGCCGGGAAGGCGCUCCUGACGGCCCGCCGGAAGGUAAGAGAAGAACCCGAGUCGUCGUCGAGUUCAAUAACGAUCGUCUUCCGACUCACCCACUUAGCGGAAACUGCAGAAGCUGUGCUGGCGGGAGACAUGGCUGGUCUACGAGGGGGAGGGGGCGAAGCAGGAGCUCUCGGUGAGGAAGCGCGUCCACGUCUUGCCCUCGAAGGCGCUGGCGAGGGUGACGUGGGGUGGUGGGGUGUAUGACGUGGAGGGCUCGUACGCUCGGCGGACGUGCCAUGUGUACGACGAGGAGCGGCGGCGCGUGGCGGAGAUACGGCGGAAGAAAGGGCCUCACGGGGUAGGGCUGGGAGCUGACGUGUUCAGCCUGGUGGUCCAGCCUUGCUUCGACGCCACCGUGGCCAUGGCCAUCGUCCUCCUCCUCGAGCAGAUGCUCGGUUCUCGGUGA